AUGGCCUCGAAACUCCUCCCCCGGGCCAGCCGGCUGCUGCGCCCUUUUUCCACCCCUCAAUACAGAUGCUUUUCCGCCGCUCCUCAAAGGCUGAGCGAUUCCCUCGCCGUGCACCGCAAUAAGCCUACCAACAACCCGACCAUUCCGUUCACCUUUUCUGAGCAGAACCUCAAGGUCGCCGAUGAGAUCCUCAAGCGCUACCCACCCCAGUACAAGAAGGCCGCCGUCAUGCCCCUGCUGGACCUCGGCCAGCGCCAGCAUGGCUACACCAGCAUUAGCGUCAUGAACGAGGUCGCCCGCAUGCUGGAGAUGCCCCCAAUGCGCGUCUACGAGGUCGCGACCUUCUACACCAUGUACAACCGCGAACCCGUCGGCAAGUACUUCGUGCAGAUCUGCACUACCACCCCCUGCCAGCUCGGCGGCUGCGGCUCUGACGCCAUCGUUAAGGCUAUCAACGAGCACCUCGGCAUCACCCCCGGCCACACCACCGAGGACGGCCUGUUCACCUACAUCGAGGUCGAGUGCCUGGGUGCCUGCGUCAAUGCCCCCAUGGUUCAGAUCAAUGACGACUACUACGAGGACCUGACCCCGGAGUCGAUCAAGACCCUUCUGACUGCAUUCAAGGAGUCGGCCACCACCGGCGCCAAGCCUCCUACCCCUGGCCCGCUGAGCGGGCGCAGCACCUGCGAGAACAGCGCUGGCCUAACCAACCUUCGUGAUGUGCCGGAGUGGAAUCCCGAGCUGAUGAUGCGCAAGGACAAUGCUCUCGACGGUGAGGCCAAGCAAUAA